AUGUAUUUCGAAAUACUACGACCUUAUUUGAUCAUGUUAUGCUCUUUUCGCUAUGCACAAAUUCUCAUUGGAUUUUGUUGGUUCGUAGCAGCAAUGGCUAUUUAUUUAAGUAUUUGGGUAGCACCAUCCGAUUUUCAACAAGGUGAAAAUUAUCGCAUUAUCUAUGUGCAUGUUCCUGCCGCUUGGAUGAGUUUACUUAUUUAUAUCGCAAUGGCUCUCAGCAGUGUGUUAUUCUUAUUAACAAAACAUCCGCUUUUUCAGUUAUUUUCCAAAAGCGGCGCCAAAAUAGGUGCUUUGUUUACAUUGUUUACCCUAUUAACCGGGGGUUUUUGGGGGAAACCUAUGUGGGGUACCUUUUGGGUGUGGGACGCUCGUUUAACCUCUGUAUUAAUCUUGUUCUUUAUUUAUUUAGGUGCACUGCGUUUUCAACAGUUUUCUGCGGACGUCGCUUCUAUUUUUAUUUGUAUAGGGUUAAUCAAUAUACCAAUAAUUAAAUUUUCUGUAAACUGGUGGAAUACAUUGCAUCAACCUUCCAGCAUUAGCCAAUUUGGUACUUCAAUACAUAUUUCUAUGCUCAUUCCAAUCCUGUUAAUCCUUAUUAGCUUUUUUUGUUUAAGCGGGAUUUUUUUUAUUUUGGAAACACGUCAAAUUAUUUUAUCUUUUUCUAGUUUUUCCGUAAAAAGUCAAAUAAAUCCGCAAAACAACAAUAGAAAACAGGUUUUUUUUAGACAAACAAUAGAUCAAGCAAAAGCACCUAAGGAAAGGUGGACUUUUAUUUUAUUGGGUUUAAUCAAGUUGUUCAAGGCUUUAUAA